AUGGCAGCUUCGCCCCUACCACUUCGCUCAGAACGGUCCGCAAUUACAGGACCUUUACCUCCAGGCUUUCUAAUUUUGGAUGCACCACAAGUCAGUGGACGUGGAGACGGAGUACAUACUGGGCAACAUGCACGGCAAGCCCACACGCGCACACAAGCACGGACUGAGAAAGUUCGGUGUCUGCAGAUAGGCGUGCAGAAUGCGGUUUUGAAUGAGAAUAAG